ACCAAACGAUAGUCUAAGUAGCUUCGUUAAUUUUUAAUCGUACAUGGCUGUUGGUUAGUAAUGUCAUCCAAACAUUUCUUUCUCUUCAAAGACUGCCAUUCUUCUUUUCAUCUUCUCAUCAAAAUCCUAAGCCCCAAUUUAUAAAGGUAAAACUAGACAAAUUUGGAGAGAGACCAUAAAUAGCUUCGAAGAAAAAAUGUCAAGCGUCCAAUGUUGAAUUCACAAGCAUCGAAUGCGAGUUUUAGUGUCGCCGAAAACUCACUUUGGAAGAGAAAGAAGGAGAAGAAGGUCGAUGGGAGGUGCUUUUGUGGGUUGAAUGUAGUGUUGAUAGAAUCUAACACAUUGACAAAUCCUGAAAGAAGCUUCAUUCGUUGUUCAUUAUGGGCAAAUCAAGAUUGCAAAUAUUUUGCUUGGGUAGAUGAGAUUGAUGGUGGAUGGAAAGAUUUAGCUAGAGCUUUAAUUGGAUUGAACAAUGAUUGCACGUUUUCUACUCAUGAUGCAGUGCAAAAUGUAACUAGAAUAGAAGAUGACCAUGCAGCCAAAUUAAAAUUGUUUAUAAAGAUGGAGAAGCUUAAAGGAGAAAUUAAAAGUAUGAGAGUGUGGGUUAUGUGUAUUGUUGUUUGUCUGUUGUUGUGUUUCAUUUGCACUAUGUACCCAUUCUUAAAGAGUUGAAGUAUGCAAAUUUGAGUAAAAUUGAGUAACAAUGUUGGUCUAAUGUUUAGGAUUCAUUAACUUAAAACCGAAGGUUUGAUCUCUUAUAAUUGUAUUUGUAUUUGUGUUGGAUGUAAUGAAACGAAGUUGUUGUUAUCUUAAUUCUUGUUUUAUUGAGUAUGAAGUGUUAAUUUUACUGCCAUGAGAAGGUUUAUUUUUUGGUUAAAAACUCUCAAAAUAUAUAAGGAAGUUUUGGUUCAAGCUUCUCACUUUUAUGUCAAUG